GAUCACCUGACCGUACCCAACCCCCCGAUCACCUGACCGUACCCAAACCCUGAUCAGCUGGCAUGUUCAGAGCAGUGAUCUCCUGAAGACAAUGAUAUUGAGCUGUUGCAGGUGACUUAGCCCACAGCAGUGAUAUGGGACAGUUCUCUGCACAUUCCUGUUGUGUUGCGAGCUGUAAUUUUAAAAUAUGCUGCAUUCUCAGAUUAUCAACGACUAGCCCAUAUGAUCCUGAAGGUGUCAGGGACAAUGGGAUCUUGCUGUGCCAAACGUUAUUCUCUGCUCCUUGGGAUAUGCAGUGCCUCUGUGUUUUCUCUCUCUAUCUCACAUUCUUUCUCUCUCUCUCUCCCCUGUCUUUCAGUCUCUGACCCGUGCUGUUAACCCCACCAUUUCCUCUUUCUCUUUGUUUCGCCCUGUCUCCAUUUCUUUCUCAUUCUCUCUCUCUCUUUUUGUUCUUUUUAUCCUUCUCUCUGAUUCUCUGUCUCAUGCUCUCUCUUUCUCUCAGUCUCACGUUCUCACUUUCGGUCUCUUGCUGAUUUCCCAUUUGACUCCAGUAGCUCCCCACGUGAAGAUGGACUAACCUACAACUGCCAGCAAUUUGAGGUGAAGCCCACGAGGCUGGAGUACUCUUGUAAAUAGAAUAUUGAAGUUUGUGAAUAUUAACCUUUCUGUUUUGUAAAUUGUUCCCUCGAAGGUUUUUAAAGAGAAACGUUGAGAGUUGAAAUAAAUGUUAAUGUGUGUGCUGCUGGUAUUGAACACUCCAACCUGACCCUCUACUGGGAGACCAUCCUAAAGUCAGUCAGUCCCGUGAGACAUUACUUCACCAUGAAUGUUUAAAACUCUCUGCCCCAGAGGACACUCCACCUCAAGGGGCUAUCAGUGCUCAGACACAGUAUGUCCAUAACGGAUACAUGCUUGUACAAUGAGAUAAUUAAUGAUCAGGCUGAAAGUGUGCGAUGGAUAUUCCUAACUUGGGUGGCUCUUCAUAUCACUACAACAGAAGCUGUGGACAGAAGUAACUUUAAAACCUGUGAACAAAGUGCAUUCUGCAAGCGACAGAGGAAUAUUAAACCGGAGAAUUCUCCCUAUCGCGCUCUGCUCAACUCAUUGGAUGUGACCCAUGAAAGCGUGAAGCUGCAGCUGAUUAAUGAAGUGAAUAAGGUUCCGCUCCUACUUGAAGUAUAUGGUCUGCAAGGGAAUAUGACCAGGAUUAAAAUCAAUGAAUUAAAUCCACUGAAAACAAGAUAUGAAGUUCGGGAUGUGUUAGUGCAAGAGCCGCCUACUGUACCCUUAACAGUUGUAGGCAGGGAUGAAGACAGUGUGGAACUGGGCUUUGAAAACAAGUUGUACAAAGUGAUCAUCACCUCCAAGCCGUUCAGAAUGGACAUCAUGACUGGGAAUGAGCUGCUGCUGAGUAUCAACUCGCGGGGGCUGAUGGUGUUUGAGCACUUACGAAAAAGGAAGGACUCUUACACGGAAAAAAUUAGUAGCACAGUCGGUAGCAUGUGGAGUAAAAUCAAGAACAUGUUCAUUAGAGCGAGCACUGUCCUGCGAUGCCGUGUGGUUUCCAGAGUGGGUGUGAUCCAAUCGGAUGAAAUGACCCCCUCAGAGCUCAGUUUAAAGAUGGGCUAGUGCAGUCCAUAGUGAAUCCAUUGG